GUGAUGAUUCUUUUAGGAAUCAAAUUUCAGCUCUUUUGCGAGUUAUAAAUGUAACACGAUUCUUCAAACAGGACAAUGUUCCUUGCCAAAUUGAAGAGGUAGUAGUGGGCAAGAACCCUUUUUAUGGGAUAAUUUUUCAUAAGAACCUGAUUUUAUCGUGAAAUCCUUUUGGCUUUUCUCUUUUUCAAUUUCUCAGGGUCUCUUUUUGGGCUCAAUCGGAGCUGCUAAUAACAAGAAUGCACUCAAGAGUUCUAAUAUCACGCAUGUCUUAACUGUCGCUAGUUCACUGAGACCUGCACAUACAAAUGACUUUGUGUACAAAGUCAUUCCAGCAUUGUCUUUCCUCGUCUUAGUGAUGGUGUUCUUCAGAUGGUAGUCUAUUUCAGCUCUUUUGCUCCUGAGCAGGUAGUUACUCUUUCUAAUAUGUGAGAAUGUUGACUACAAGAGUCAGUAACUUAUUAGUACCUUUUAGCCAUCGGUUUCUCAUGCAUAAUCAAUUUUUGCCAAAACAUGCAUUCAGCUGGAUCCAUAUGAGCUACUAUCAAUUUCCUAUCUUAUACAUGACUCACCUAAUCUAAGUUCUUCAAAAUGGAACCUUGUGGCUUCUGCUCACAUAAUAAGGCCAUAUUUACUCAUUGAUGAAAGGGCUGCUUGGGUUUUUUUAACACAUCAAGAAUCUUGAAGAAGCAUUAACAAUGUCUCUAUUUUUCUCUCUGUAAAUUGAGGUAGUCUUGGACAAAGAAGAUACAAAUAUAACUCAGUACUUUGAUGAGUGCUUUGAUUUCAUCGAUGAAGCCAAAUGACAGGGUGGGGGUGUACUUGUUCAUUGCUUUGUCGGAAGAUCCAGGAGUGUGACCAUAGUUGUUGCAUAUCUUUUGAAGAAAUGUGGUAUGACCCAUCACUAGCGUUGGAAUAUGUUAAGAGCAAACGACCACAAGCAGCACCAAACUCAGGUUUUCUUUCACAAUUGCAAGAGUUCGAGAAAUCACUACAAGGUGCAUAAAUCAUGUAAACUGUAAUUACACUUGUCUUAGUCUUGAGUCUAAGGAAAAAAAUUUACAUGACAAA